ACUGCUUUGGCUUUAGAAUUGAGAAGAUCAGCUAGCAAAAAGGACAUGAAGGAACUUCAGCACACAGUGCCUUUUUAAUUGCCCAUGAACCACAUGGAUAUAAAUGUCUCAAGCUGGAAGGAGAAAACUAUAUAUGAUGUGGAAGCCAAGAGGAGGCUACAUAUAUCAUUGGAUUUGGGCUGUUUUAAUUUCCAGUGAUUACAGUUGAGGAUUUAAAAUAAAACCACGUUAUUGGUAUUUCACAGUGUUAGAAUGAUCCUAGAUUGCUUCUUGCAAGCUGCAAGCUGUUGUGUUCUGGUGAUUCCUAAGUCUGUACCAGGAUUUGUGAGGAGAGGUUUUUUCCAGGGCCUCUGCACAGUUUAUUUCAGGAUUUGAAGUUCUGGAAAUAUUGUAUACAUGGCAAGGAACAUAAAAUUUCUUUCAACAGUUUUAAUGUUGUUGUUUCAUGAUUACGUAUCAGCUGAAGAUGGUGAUAUAAGAUCAAGUUGCCGUACUGCCCCAACAGAUUUAGUUUUCAUCUUGGAUGGCUCCUACAGUGUUGGCCCUGAAAACUUUGAAAUUGUCAAAAGAUGGCUUGUAAACAUUACAAGUAACUUUGAUAUAGGACCAAAGUUUAUUCAAGUUGGAGUAGUUCAGUACAGUGAUUAUCCUGUACUUGAAAUUCCACUUGGGUCCCACGAUUCCAAUGAAAACCUAGUCAGAGCAAUGGAAUAUAUACAGUACUUGGGUGGAAAUACACAAACAGGGAAAGCAAUUCAGUUUUCUCUUGACCACCUAUUUGCCAAAUCCUCAAGAUUUCUUACAAAAAUUGCUGUUGUUCUUACUGAUGGUAAGUCACAAGAUGACGUCAAAGACGUGGCAGCCGAAGCAAGAAAAAACAAGAUCACCCUGUUUGCGAUUGGAGUCGGUUCAGAAACUGAAGAGGAAGAACUGCGAGCAAUUGCCAACAAGCCUUCAUCAACCUAUGUAUUCUACGUUGAAGAUUAUAUUGCAAUAUCCAGAAUAAGAGAAGUAAUAAAACAGAAACUCUGUGAAGAAUCAGUUUGCCCAACCAGAAUUCCUGUGGCAUCUCGGGAUGAAAAAGGGUUUGACAUCCUCCUAGGGCUAGGUGUGAAGAAAAAGGUGAAAAAAAGAAUUCAGAUCCCAUCUACUAAUGCAAAAGCUUAUGAAAUAACUUCACGCAUUGAUCUGUCAGAAUUGACAAGGAAUGUCUUUCCAGAAGGCCUUCCUCCAUCAUAUGUGUUUGUAUCCACUCAGAGAUUUAAGGUCAGAAAAACAUGGGAUUUGUGGAGAAUUCUGAGCCUGGAUGGAAGGCCACAGAUAGCUGUUACUGUAAAUGGAGAAGACAAAACAAUGUCAUUUACUACAACAAGCUUAGUAAAUGACACUCAGGUUGUUACGUUUACUGCACCCCGUGUAAAGAUGUUGUUUGAUGAAAGCUGGCAUCAAAUUCGUCUCUUAGUAACAGAAGAAGAUGUAACGUUAUACAUAGAUGAUCAAGAAACAGAAGUGAAGCCAUUGAAUCCUGUUUUAGGGAUCUAUAUUAGCGGAGUGACUCAAAUAGGAAAAUAUUCUGGGAAAGAUGAGACUGUACAGUUUGAUGUCCAAAAGCUAAGGAUCUACUGUGACCCUGAACAAAACAAUCGAGAAACAGCCUGUGAGAUACCUGGCUUUAAUGGUGAGUGCAUGAAUGGACCUAGCGAUGUAGGAUCCACACCACCUCCUUGUAUUUGUCCUCCAGGGAAACAAGGACCACCAGGACCCAAAGGAGAUCCUGGACAACCUGGGAAUCAUGGCUAUCCAGGAGAACCUGGUCCAGAUGGUAAGCCUGGCUAUCAAGGAAUAGCAGGAACUCCAGGUAUUCCAGGGACCCCUGGGAUUCAAGGACCCCGUGGGCUUCCUGGCAUUAAAGGUGAACCUGGGUCAGAUGGGGCAAAGGGUGAACAUGGACUUCCAGGUUUCCCUGGAUUACAUGGGAUGCCGGCAUCUAAGGGAGACAGAGGUCCAAAAGGAGAUCCAGGGCCACCAGGAAUUUAUGGGAAAAAGGGAGCAAAAGGAGAAAAGGGCGAUGGAGGAUUUCCAGGAAUGCCUGGUAGACCUGGUGAUCCCGGAAGGAGUGGAAAGGAUGGUGUUCCUGGAAGUCCUGGUUUUAAGGGAGAAGAUGGACAACCAGGUUCUGCAGGACCAGAAGGAAGACGGGGAGACCCUGUAAGUCCCUCUGGGCCAGGUAUGGCAGGCCUGAGAGGGCGCUUGGGAGCGAUACUGCCGCCCGGCAGAAGGCGCAGCUCUGGCGGCGACGGUGGUCCGGGCUUACCCGGACCUGAGGGAUCAUUAGGUUUACCUGGUGGACCUGGGCCUAAGGGCGGCAAGGGUGAACAGGGACUACAAGGGAAACCAGGAGUGGCAGGUGUCAAGGGAGAACAAGGUCGACCAGGUACAUCAGGGGAACCAGGCUAUCCUGGGAUACCUGGCACACCGGGUUUGAAGGGAGACAAAGGAAACUCAGGUGAAAGAGGAAUCCAGGGUCAGAAGGGUGAAGGUGGCAGAUCAGGUAGUCCAGGCCAAAAGGGAGACAUGGGUUCUAGAGGAGACAGAGGAGAGAAAGGCGAGAAGGGUGAUCCUGGUAUUAGCGGCAUCAGUGGACAAAAGGGAGAACCUGGCAUGAAUGGCUUGGUUGGUCCACCAGGGGCAAGGGGAGGCCAAGGAGAGAGGGGAUCUCCAGGAAUUCCCGGGUCAGAUGGAAAACCUGGAAGAGGUUUUUCAGAAGAAUUUAUUCGACAAGUUUGCGCAGAUGUGCUGAGAACCCAGUUACCAACUAUACUUCGGAAUGGAAGGCUACACUGUGAUCAGUGCCAGUCUCAUGCUGCUGCCCCAGGACCUCCUGGUCCCCCGGGCCCAGUUGGUCCACAAGGUCCCCGAGGCUUUCCUGGCUUGCAAGGAAACGAUGGCCUUCCAGGACUAAUUGGAGCUCCUGGACGCCAUGGGUCUCGUGGGGUGAAAGGACCACCAGGAAAAAAUGGAGCUAAAGGCAGCCAAGGAAUUGGGGUUCCUGGGAUACCGGGACCUCAAGGACCACCAGGACCUGAAGGCCCACCUGGGAUAAGUAAAGAAGGGCGUCCUGGAGACCGUGGUGAACCUGGUAAAGAUGGAGAACGUGGCAGUCCUGGAAUUCCUGGACGAACUGGACCACCUGGAAUUUGUGAUCCAUCUUUAUGCUUUAGUGUAAUUGUAGGACGAGAUCCAUUUAGAAAGGGACCAAAUUAUUAAGCUGGAAUGUGUUAGUGACAGACUAGGCUUGGUGCUUGCCUUAUAUGAUCUUUCAAGUCUCAGGAAGAUGGCUGGCAAUCAUUCCUUUCCCCAGGAACUAAAUUACCUCCGGUGUGUAAAAUGUAAUAUGGUAAAAUAUUCCAUAUUUAGUGUGAGACUCUAAAAAUGUGGGGCAUUUCAUCUCAUUAAAUCUCUGGGCCCCGAUCCAGUUAAACUUGGUUAUCACUAUCCUUUGAAGGAGAAAAUAAUAAUAAAACCUUCUUAGCUCAUUAACUUAAAUUCCCACUCAUUUCAGCCAUGACUAACUUUAUCUGGAUUGGGACUCUGAUAUCAUAGGAGGAGUGUAUUUUAACAUAUGACAUUUGCCCAGUGAGACUUGCUUUUUAAAAAGUCCAUUAAUAAUGUUUUUAUUGACUGUCAGAUGCUGGAUUGGGCCUCCAGUGGUUGGUGAUCAGGUAUAAAUCACUGUGAACUAUUUUGCAUUAACCCCAUAUAUACAGCUUCUUGUCAUUUUAAUGGAACAUGGCAAGUUAUUUCAGAUGUUUGUGAAUAUCAUCAGUUCCUAUAUGUUUCAUGUUUUAUCAUCUACAGUAUUCUUCUGUGAAAUUCAUGAACCAAGUUGUCAUCACUUUUUUUGUUGGCUAUUUUAAUAUCAGUUUUUUAAUGCAGUUUUUAUGACCCAUGUUGUCCUCAAAGAAUUUGUGCAAAUAUCCAAUGAUCCAUUUUCAUCUACAACUGAAGAAAUCUCUGGAGGCUCCUUAAAACAAUUUUACAAAAUGCAUUUAAUGAAAAUCUGGAAAAAAAUUAACAAGUAUAAAACAACAACAAAACAGCAAAAGCUUUGCACAAAAAGCUUAACCAUAUUUAAUUUUUCAGCCCAACUCUAGAGCUUGAUGUUGUCAUGUUUGCUAUGCUCCUUAGGACUGCAGUUGUCAAACAAAAGUUUACAAGAUAUACUUUUAUGCUCACUAUGUAACUAUAGUGUUUUGUUAUGCUGCUUCAUUGUACGUUUUAAGCAAGGCAUUUCUGUGUUUAUAUUGUGAAAUGAGAUGCGACCAAGAAGCACUGCUGCCAUUCUGAUCAACUCAGUUGUACAAUUUCCAUCAGCGUUUGAAUCCUUUUUAAAGUAUUAAUGCAAAGAGUCUGUUAUUGCACUUAUUCAAAGCUUUAUAACUGGCCUUUUGUUGUUGGUUUUUCUCUUGUCAUUUGUAAUAUGCUUGACAUUCAAGGUAAAAUAAAUUUUUACAGAAAUUGGGGUAAUAAAAGUC